UGUGGGGGUUGUCGUUUUCCUUUGGACGAUCCUCGGGCCGGGAUGGCCGCUGUGCUUGGGGGACGCGGACUCGUCUUCCCAGAAAACCGUGCGGGAGAGGGCGAGGCCAUCUCAUCCUCGAGGCCCAAGAUGGUGGCUGCCGUCCUGGGGAGACUUGCUCUAGCCGAGGCAGGUCUACGACUUGGGGCCGAGCCCGGAGCAGCCCUGCCUCAGUUUCCCUCCCUGUGACUGACCCUGGUCAGAGAGUGUCUGUUUUCAGCCUCAGUUUCCCCAUCUGCACAGGCUCCGCUCCCUUCCCCUCCCACUAGCGCGGCGUCCUGUCAGCCGCAGAGGCCCGAGCCAGGACCGGGCCGCCCGCCUUCCGCAGCGGGAAGGAGAGGGGUCGCGGCCGGGAAACUGAGGCAGGCGUCGGCAGGGCGGCCGUGAUGGCAGGCCGAGGGGGCGGCGACGCCUCGGUAGGGCUGCUUCCGUGGGCCGCCGGCGCGCUCAGUGACUCGGACUCGGACGAUGAGGACGGGCUGGCGGCGGCGCUGGCCCCCGGGGAGCGGCCGGACCUGGACACGGAGGCGGCGGACGAGGAGGAGGAGGAGGGGGACUCCCCGCAGCCCCCCCCGCAGCCCCCCACGGCGCCCUCCCGGCCCUUCCUCCUGCGCGGCACGAGCCCCACCUUCUCCCUGCGCAGCCACAGCAUCUUCGGGGGUUUGGAGGGUGCGGCCCGGCCCCUUGGGGAGCCGUUCAAGCGGCCCCUGCCACCCCCCGCGCCCGCGCCCAGCCGCCCCCCGCUCCCCGACUACGUGGCGCACCCCGAGCGCUGGACCAAGUACAGCCUGCACGACGUCCCGGAGACCAGCGACCGCAGCAACCGCGCCGUGGCCCUGGAGUUCCUCGGGGACCUGAGGAGGCGGGCGGGGGCUCAGAGCCCCGCUCCCCCAGACACCUGCUCCCCCUCCUUCAACCAGGACCCCUCCAGCCGCGGGGCCGGCAGGAUUGUGUUCACCAAGCCCGCCAAGACCGGGGAGCGCAAGCGGCCCCCGGGGGACCUCAGGGAGCCGGGGGACGAGCCGGUGGCGCUGGGCCACCUGGGCUCGGCGGGGGGUCCCGAGGGAGAGGGGGAGGGAGAGGAGCCCCCCAGGGGGCGAGAGGAGCCCCAGGAUGCGGACAUGGGGGAGGAGGAGGCCCCCCACCCGGAGCCCAGCGAGCCCGAGCCCGUGGGCUUCCAUGGCAGCAAAAAGCGCAGCAGGGAGCACCUCCGGCCCAAGGGGCCUGCGGAGGAAGAGAACGAGGAAGCCUGAGCGGGGCUCUCCGGCCUCCGAGCUCCAGCCCUUGGAGGCCCGUUCUGCCCCUGCCCAUGCCCCACUUCUUGUACCCGCCUGACUGCCCCACCCCCCUCCCCCAGGCCCCCCAGGACAAGGAGCUCCUGUGGAAGGGAUCCAAAGCAAACCCUGACCGGCACAAGCAGGGAAAGGGAAUGCGCCGGCCUCUCUCGCUGCCCCCAGCCUCUCGCUGUCCGUCCCUCCCCCAGGCCUCUGGCUUGCUUUGUCCUUGUGAAGACAAUAAAAGGUUUCUCUGAA